AUGGUCAACCCCGAGGUGAUUUGCUCCAUCGUGGACAGUUUUCUGGAAUCACGAAAGGGUGACAUGAGGCGCCAGCUGUACGCCACUGUUGACACUUUGCUGGAGGAUCUGAUGCGCGGAGUCGGCCGCCAGGUGCAGCAGCUGCUCAUCGCCUUUCAACCGUCCGAGUCGCCUUUGUCUCGUCUGUCAACUCCAACUUUGCAACACCAACUGUUGCCACCUCAGUUCGACGUACGCUCUCCCAUGGCCAGCUCGGUUUUCGCCGUCAAUUCGGGCUCAUCCGCCCACAACAACAACUACAACAACAGCAGCAGCGGCAAUCAGACUGCUUCAGCGGCUGUCGUGGCUACUCACUAUGGAAACCUGCUCACUUCAAAUAUUGAAACUCUCGACUCUAUCGGCAACGGCGGCGGCUCCAAUGAGAACGUCAACAACAAUAUAGUGAAACUUGGAAACCCGCUGGAGCCGGACAAGAAGACGGGGGGCAAGGAUGGCUCUUCAAGCAAGGUGAAGUUCUUCAAGAACCGCCACGCCACCGUGAAAAAGGAAGAAGUAGUGGCUGGUGGUGGUGGCUCACCCGCCAGCCGUAAUGGAAGUGCUGGGCGCACGGUCACAGUGAAAGUGUGCUACAACAACGGCUCGGUCAAGGAGACGAAGUUCUUCAGCGGAAAGCGAUCUCGCGAUACUCUGGAGGAGGAGGGGGAGGAGCAGGAAAACACCUCUCCAAUUUUCACGACUCGAUUCACUAAACGUGCCAAGAGCGAUGACACUGACCUAACCGCAGCCAGCCAGUCGACCAAGUCCACCACCAUGACGACCCCGGGCAGCAAAGGACGGCAGAUGAGCAAGGCGACUAGCACCACCACGGCGACGACCACCACCGCGACCACCACCUCGACGAAACGCAGCACCGCCAGCAGCAGCACCACCACCCCGAAGCGCGUCAUUCAGUGUCCCCAGGAGGGCUGCAGCAAGGUGGUGCAUCGCAUGGCCGAUUACGUCACCCACAUCCGCCGCCACCUGUCCAUUCAGCCGUACUACUGCACCUGGACGGCCUGCACCUACCGCGGCUACGAGAAGUUCGGCUCGCUGAAGCACGUCAAGCAGACGCACUACCGCCGGACGACCAAGGACGGCACCCCGGAGCAGAUCAACCAGUGGGACCCCAAUCUCUACAUCAAGGUGGACGAGGCGCUGCUCAAUGCCGAGCUGCCCGCGCCCAAGGGCGAACAGCAGGAGGUGAUAAAGGCAAAGUCGGCGAAGAAAGUGGUGGCUGCGGUGGUGGAGAAGAAGUGA